GUGGUGCAAUCGUAUUUAUCACUGCUGCAAAGUUGUUCAAAUCCAGAAACACUUGAAGCAGCUGCUGGAGCAUUGCAGAAUUUGGCAGCUUGUUACUGGCAGCCAAGCAUAGAGAUUCGAGCUGCUGUGCGAAAGGAGAAGGGCCUUCCAAUUCUCGUGGAAUUGCUGAGAAUGGAAGUGGAUCGAGUGGUGUGUGCUGUAGCUACAGCAUUACGCAAUUUGGCAAUUGAUCAACGAAACAAGGAAUUAAUA